CACCUACCACCCACCACCAAAUACUGUCCUUUCAAAGCCGUCCUCUCUCUCCGCAGCAGCGGCGAAAGGAAGAGACCCAGUAAACUACCGAACGAAAGCCAGUCCCCGUGAUCUCUCGGUCGCAAAACCGGCCGGCGAAAAGAAAGCAACCAUGGGCGACUCAACAACGCCAUUACGGAAUCUCCGCAUCGUCGUCCUGAUAUCCGGUAAUGGCUCAAACCUGCAGGCCAUAAUAGACGCCACACAGAACGGACAGUUGAACGGCGAAGUUGCCCUCGUCAUCUCGAACCGCAAAGCCGCUUUCGGGCUCUCCCGCGCCGAAAAGGCCGGCAUACCCACCGCAACCCUCUCCCUCAAAAAGUUCAAAGACGCCGGCAAAACCCGCGUCGAUUUUGAUCUCGCCCUCGCAGAAACCAUCAAAACAAAACUCGCCGAAGGACGGCCAACGGCCGACAACGAGCCCUACCUGAUCGUGCUCGCCGGCUUCAUGCACAUCCUCUCCUCCGACUUCAUCAACCAGUUCCCACCACCCCGCCACGCCAUCAUCAACCUCCACCCAGCGCUCCCCGGCACAUUCGACGGCAUAGACGCCGUAGAACGCGCGUUCCAUGCUUUUCAAGCGAAAUCCAUCACCCACACGGGCGUCAUGAUCCAUAAAGUCAUCCCGGAGGUGGAUAGGGGGGAUGUCGUCUUGCAGGAGACGGUGAAGAUCUUGGACACGGACACGUUGGAGACGCUAGAGGAGAGGAUCCAUGAGGUUGAACAUCGGUUGAUUGUGGAGGGUGCUAGGGUAACGCUGAAGAGGCUUGUUGAGGGGAAGGGGCUUUGAGGGGAGGAUCGUACAAACCCUGUGCUGCCGAUGUCUGCACACGCCAGCCUGCAUCCCACAUUUAGCCCCUUCUCUAGCCACAUAGCAAAUGCAUCCCACAUUUGCAAACAUAUGCCCCAGCUGCAGGACCAUUACCACACCAUCCCAUGUAUGUAGAAAAAGCUCAAUAUACCCUCACACCUCCAUUUAGUAUACAUACAUUCGCUGCCCGUUACAUCACCAAUGCUACAUACACCGUCCGCUAGUCCUUCGUUAAACAUAACUCAAAAUACAUAAAGGACGCUCAAUGACGGG